CCUAGAGGCUGCGAUAAAGUUUGCUGCGGCACGUGAGGGAUUGACGAUGGAUACCCAGAAGGAUGUGCAGCCGCCAAAACAGCAGCCAAUGAUAUAUAUCUGUGGAGAAUGUCACACAGAAAAUGAAAUAAAAUCCAGGGAUCCAAUCAGAUGUAGAGAAUGCGGAUAUAGAAUCAUGUACAAGAAAAGAACAAAAAGAUUGGUGGUCUUUGAUGCCCGAUGAGCUUUAAUGGAGGUGUGGACUCCC